UGUAGUUCCCCCUUCAUUCAGGCAUUGGUUGAGCCCUUGAGACAUCAACGAAGGAAGCAAGCAUUCAAGCGUUGCCAUUUGGGGACCCUCAGUCGAUUCCUUCCGUUCUGCAUCCUUGGAAGCCAACCGUACCCGCACACCCAUCACGGUUCCGCCAGACGGAACAAGCAGACACGCUGACAGGCUGACACGCUCACCCGCUCCACUGACCCAGAAGUAAGAAGUGAGUGGUCGACACCUCACGCGUUCCGGCCGUGAUCCGUGGUCCGUGGUCUGCCAUCGCUCGCUCGGCUGUUGGCUCUUGGGGUGAUAACUGGAUCUAUCCAUACUUGUGGCCAAUGCUUUAGGUGGAUAGCUCGAAAGCGGAUUGGCUAUUUCUGGACUUUUUGACCCCAUUAUACCGCCGAUCGAAUGGGAGGGGCUCCGAUCGUCUCACGCCCAAAAUUCUGAUCCGCCAAACUCGUAUCACACCAUGAAGAAGACGGCUCACACCCGUGGUAACACGGCUCAGGCCAGCGGUCCUCCCACGGUCCCCGAGGACCGCUUGGAGAACAACCCAACCAGCCCCGAGGCUGACCGACCGGUGGGAGCGGCCUCAGCCGAUGGUCCAGCACCGGAAUUGUCUUCGAUCCGCCCGCAGUAUGAUUUGCUGUGUCGGGAACUGAACAUGGACACGCUGACGGCGGAAGAGGCGUGGCAAUCCUACCAGCAGAUUCGUCAGCACUACACGCUCGAGGGUCAUCAAUUGCAUUGGUUGGCCUGCGCGCUUUACGUGGCGUGCCAUAACGCCCCCAUGGCCACAGUGGGCGGCUCGGUGGAUGAUUCGGUCGAAGGCAAUGGCGUGUCCUUAACGCGAUUAUUGCGCUCGUGCAAGCUUAGUCUCAUUCAGUUUUUCAACAAAGCCAAAAAAUGGGCCGACAUGUCCAACUUGAAGGCUCAAUUCCGCGAGAAGAUAGACUCGCUCGAGCGCAACUUUGCCGUAUCCAACGUCAUUUUCAAAAAGUAUCAGCCCAUCUUUGUCGAGCUCUUUAAAGAUCCGGCCAAGGAUCCACAAAAGAUGGUGCGCUCUCGCAAGCAAAAGAAACCUCCUUGCACUCCGGGCGAUGUGUUCGACUUUUGUUGGGGUCUAUUUGUUCGGGUGAAAAAGGACUUCACCGCCAUUUCCGACGAUCUGGUCAACUCGUACCAUUUGCUCUUGUCUUGUGUGGACUACGUGUACGGGAACGCCCUCAUGGCUCAACGGCACGAUCUGCUUAACGAGCGAUUCCAGCACCCUGAGGGCUCCGUGGAUGAACCGCCCUGCAUCCUGGAACAGUUGUGCCGCAUGCAUGAUGGCAUUAUCUCCGAGGUCAAAACCAUCCGUGAGCAUUGGUGGAAGCCUCAUAUAAAAAAGUUCUUCGAUCAAAAGUUGUUAAAAGGUGAUCCGCUAAGCUUGACGGGCAUCCUGGAUCCGUUGGUUUUCGACGUGAACGCCAAGAACGUCCGCAAAGAUUACGAGGCCUACAUUCUAAGUAUCGGAGAAUAUGACGAGCGCGUUUUCUUGGGCGAGGAUGCCAACGAAGAGAUUGGUACCCCUUCCAAGUUCUCGGGCCACAAUGCAGUUGACAUCAGCGACGUUGGUGAAAAACUCGUUGCUCGACGGAAUUUAAACACGCAAUUUGAAGGCUCCAACUUAAUCCCUACCACCCCGUUGAGUGGAAAGCACUAUUUAAGGGCCAAAGAGCAGCUCAAGGUCACCCCCGUGUCCACGGCCACUUACUUGGUGUCACGGUUAAAUGCCCUCAUCGGUCGGCGUGAAGCCGAACCAAGUCAGAGACUCUUGAGUGUGUUUCAAUCCUGCGAGAUCGACCCAAAAGAGGCGGUGGUGAAGCGGGUUCAAGACAUGGGCGACACUUUUUGUUCUCAGUACACAGCUCCCAGCGACAAACACCCUGGCUCGCAUAAUUCGUUCGCGCGCAUGCGUCUCAAAAUGGGUGUCAUUCUGUACUACAAGAUGCUGGAAUCCAUCCUGAUCUCUGAGCAAAAAAAGAACAAACCUCUGGCCAACCUCUUAGAGCACGACUUGUUUCAUCAAGCCUUGUUCGCCUGUUGCCUGGAGGUCGUGAUUUUCUCCUACAAUUCUCAGAGGACCUUCCCUUGGAUCCUGGAUACCCUUAAGCUCGAGCCCAUUCACUUCUACAAGGUGAUUGAGGUUAUUAUUCGUACCGAGGACUCCUUGGCAAGAGACGUGGUCAAACAUCUUCAGAGAAUUGAGGAGCAGAUCCUGGAAUCCCGCGCUUGGACUCGCGAGAGUCCUCUCUGGGAAGCAAUUCAAAAAGACCCGCUGGGCGUGCCCACUUGUGAAGAAGUCUCCCUACCCGGUCAGCAUGUGGGUGAACCUCAGAUCGAGCCGGUUCCGGGUCAAUCCCCACUCUCCCAUCACAAAAGGCCGUUUGCCGUCAAAUCGCCUCUUGCGGGAGAUCGAUUCAAAUCUCCAGUGGUAUCUGCCGUCGCCAGAAGACAACUAGCAUUUGGAGAUGCACCCAAUCAGAUUGCACCCACUUCUCCCGUUCGAGCCGGACAGUCUUUGCUCAGCCCUCAAAAGCAAUACGUUCAGGUUCAAGGCCAAAGCGGUCCUGUUACCCCGACCGGAGCUAUCAGAUCAAUAGGCAAUGGAAAGAUCAUGAUGAUCAUCGACGAUGAAGGCUCCGCCCAACCCCUGCGUCCGAAACGCACUGGAUCGUUGGCCUUAUUCUUCCGCAAAGUGUACCACUUGGCACAUCUUCGCCUUGAUCUCUUGUGUCACACCCUCCAGCUGACGGACGAGGAUAUCAAGAGGAAGAUCUGGACCACGUUUGAACACACCAUGAUCAAACAUACUCUUCUCAUGAAAGACCGCCAUAUGGAUCAGCUCCUGAUGUGCUCGCUGUAUAUCGUUUGUAAAGUGGUCGGCCAAGAUAAGAACUUCACAGACAUCAUGAAGAACUACCGGAACCAGCCCCAAGCCGCCAGUCACGUGUAUCGAAGUGUGCUCUUGAGAACCAAAUCGGAUUUGAUGGCUGGGGGCAACGCCUCCGACGAAAGUCAAACCGAUGACAAAGAGAAAUUGCCUCCAAUUAAGGCCCACCCUACUCCCACCAAAUUGGCCGCCUCAUCCAGUAUCGUGGACGGUGAAGAGCGUGGGGAUUUGAUCAAGUUUUAUAACACCGUUUUCAUGGAGAAGCUCCAAGAAUUCAGUCGGAAGUUCCGCCGCAGUCGUCAAAAUGAAGCCCCUCCCCUUUCACCGCUACCCAAACUACGAGCUCACCCUCAAUCGCCUUGUCGCAAGGUAUCCGACAAUCACAAGGUUUUCAUUCGCCCGCUCAAAUCUGCACCUGAAGAUAAGGUUCGAUUCAACCCCCUUUCACCUCACAAACCGUUAUCGUACAGCUUCAGUAGGAGUCCGGCCAAGGAUUUGGCCAAAAUCAAUGCGCUCAUGCGGACCGAAGUUGAAAAGAAGACAACGGUAGGAAAACGACUCCUCACUGAUUCGUCUUCCACAGGCUCAGCCAUGAUUCUCAUCAAGGAGGGAGAACCCCCGAUGAAAAUGCAAAUUUUGGGAGGAUCAGGCGCCGUCAAUGCCAAGUUGGGUCUGAUCCUCAAUGACAGGAGUUCGGACGCGUCUUAACUGGAUGAAUAUAGUUCUGAGAGAGACUCCUUACCCAAGGAAGACAAGUAAUAGUUCCGUGCCCUUCACGUUCCUGAGGAUCAUUACACGAAUGUAAGGGAGGAACUCUCCGAUGAGUAGGACAGACGCUAUUCAAGACACCGAAACGCAUGAUUAUAAUCAAUAACGUCACCACCUUCAUUAAUAUUAUCAUAUAAACAUACAUAUAUAUAUAUAUAUUUACUCGCAACUUUAGCUUGGCGCUUGUGAAAUAAUACUUUAUUUCAUCACAAACAGA